AUGGCACCCUCAGCCUUACCCGAAGAGCCACAGAUGUUCAUCACAAGCUGUGGAACAGUCACUGUCGACCUCAACGCACGCCGGGUGCUCCUCGUGUACAAUAAGCGCCACCGCAUUCACCAACUACCAAAAGGCCGGAAGAACAUUGGAGAAGAUCUGCUAGCGGCAGCGUUGCGAGAGACCAGGGAAGAGACCGGUGUUGUGGUGACACCGAUUCCGCUGCAGAUCCGGACGAGGGCGACGCCGGCGGAUGCGCCACCCGGAGCGCCGGAUAUUACGGAGGAGACGGACAGCACGGAGCCGCUGGCCGUGUGCCACUACCCAGAUCCGAACUCUGGGGCGAUGAAGAUGGUAUUCUACUUUGUUGUUGAGGGCAGAUCUGGACUUGCGCCAAGUGGAUGGACGGGAGAGGAUCGGUCGAAAUUUGAUAUUAUCUGGGUUGACUUUGCCGAGGCGGCGGACAAGUUGGCGUUCAAGGAAGAUGGCAUGGUUGUCACCAAAGCAUUGGAGGAUUUGAGAGUUUCUGGGUAUGACGCCUGA